GUUUGGAGAACGUCAAACUUUCUUUGCCACAGAGAGAAUGAGAGGACGGGGACAAGAAUGUACAGCGAGAACUUGCAGAACUCGGACAGAAGUGAAUUACUGGAUCUGAACACCUGAGUAGGUAAAGAAGCACAGCUGCACAAGCAAAGAAGAAACACUACUACCAUGAAUGCCCAAGACUUGUAUGACAAUGUGCUGCAGGGAAGAGAGUCCCAAGAGUGACACCACCAUUGAUGAGACACCCGAGGACAACCUCUGGCUACAACUGGGCUUUACUGUGGACUCUGAGACAGGUAGAAGGCCGACCAUUGGAGAGCCUGCGCACCAAGACAGCCGGCUCCCCCCCCCACUGGCAGGCCGGUGGGAGGGGGCAGUUUGGGUCAACACCACCUGGGCUGCAGUGUCCCUGGCCCAGUGGAGCGAAGGGGGGUGUCCCAUCAACCGGUACAGUGUUGUCUACAGACAAACCAGUGCUGUUACCUGGAUUGUGGGUGAGGACAGAGUAUCCAAGAGGGUGGAGGGGGGCCGGCCAGUGUGAUAGGGGGCCUCACACCCUCCACCCAUUACCUGGUGCAGGUGACUGCUUACAACUCUGCUAGGAGCUACUCCAGGGCUACUCCACCACCAUGCCCUUCCUGGAGGCCCCUCCUCCCCUGGGUUAGUGAUGCCUGGGGUGGCCAUGACAGAUGUGAGGGUUCUGCUGCCCGUGGUUGCCUCCUCCCUGUCUGCUGGCCACUCUUGUCACCCGUUUGUGUUUGUGUCAGGAGGAAGUACGCAGACAACAUCUAUACAGCCUUCCAAAUGAACAACACACACCAACAACAUCAUCAACAACCAAAACAACAACAACCAUCACAGCAACAACCAGUCACAGCCACCACAACCACCACCAUCACCACCACCACCCACACCACCAACAGCAGCAAUAACCACAGCAGCAACCACAGCCAAAAACAGCAACAACAACAACAACAAAAAUUAGGCCAGACACAGUGACCUUGCUUACAACAACAACUACAAUAACAAUAACAACAACAACAACCCCACCACAAUGCUUCCC